AUGACGGAACCUAAGCUUAUUCCGACCUCUGAGAAACUGAUAUUUAUUGGGAUGCUGGGAGGGCCUGGGUCGGGAAAGAGCUCGCAGUGUCGGUUGUUGGCGCAGACGUUCAAGGUUGAGCACGUUAGUGUUGGGGAUCUGCUGUGGGCGGAGAUGAAUCGAGAAGGGAGCCCUCAUGCUGCUACUAUUAGAGGCAAUAUGAUGGAGGGAACGAUUGGAUCGAAGGAACUUACCGUUGGGCUUCUGAAGUCGCACAUUCGUCAACGCUUGGAGCACGGGAUGCGGGCUUUUAUCAUCGACGGAUUCCCCAGAGACAUUGUUCAACUACAGCACUUUGAAGUCGAGGUCGGAGCCUUGGAGUGCCUCAUACACCUUGACUGCCCUAAUGAGACGCUGAUGCACCGGCUGUCGCCCAGGGGUCGGUUCGACGACCAAGUCGAGACGAUUCGAGGGAGGUUGAGAACCUUCAAUACGAUCACAUCAGAGGCUAUCGAGUACUUUCGAGGAGAGGGGAAACUAAAGGUCUUGAAUGGAGAUCAAGCUAUGGAAAUGGUGCAGGAACAGUUGAGGGGGAUAAUCGAGGGGGUGGCAGAGCUGCGGCAAACGUCAUAA